CCCUCCACGAGCUCCGAGGAUCAAACUGGCUAGAAAUCACUCCAAGAAGUGCAACAGGAUCAGACAAAAGGCUUCGACCCCUGUGGUUAAGGCAUGUGUUGUGUUGAGGGGGGAGGGGGUGUGCUCAUGUAGUAGCCUAAGAACACCCACACUUUCAAAGUUUCUGCUCACCCCACUCUGUCCUGUCUUUCAACACACAAGGAACAUUUGUGUGACAGUUUUGCCGUGGACCCCUUUUUUCAUUCAUUCAAAUGAUUUGAGUGGGUGGGGGUAGUGGGUGGUCGUGUAAAAUAGUAGGAGCCAUUUGUCCGAAGCUCGUGCGGCUGAUGCAACGCACCCGGUCCGGCUGUGGACAAUGUGACUCUAAUAUAACUGCUCCACACACUUUAUUUUGAUACAAAAUGGCCAAGGCAGUCACGUGGCUCCUUCUGUCUGGGAUCCUGGUGUGUGGUCUGUUGCGCCACACUGCGUCCAAACAAGAAGAGGAUGUUAAUCAUCCCAAUGCAAAACCUAAUUUCAUCAUCAUACUGGCAGAUGAUAUAGGCUGGGGUGACCUGGACGCUAAUCAGCCUGAAGAGAAGGCGAACAACACACCUUACCUCAACCUGAUGGCUGAACAAGGACUAAGAUUGACAGACUUUCACUCUCCUGCGUCGACCUGUUCCCCGUCCCGUGCUGCUCUCCUGACAGGCCGCUACGGCCUCAGAAACGGGGUGACCCAUAACUUUGCUGUGGGCUCUGAGGCCGGUCUGCCUCUGUCUGAAGUGACCUUCCCACAGCUGCUGCAGAAGGCGGGGUAUUACACCGCCAUGAUCGGGAAAUGGCAUCUUGGUCACAAUGGACCGUACAGUCCUACUAACAGAGGUUUUGACUACUACUUGGGUAUCCCUUACAGUAACGACAUGGGCUGUACCGACACACCAGGAUACGAUUUGCCUCACUGCCUUCCAUGUGUAACAUAUGGGCCGCAGGUGAUGAGAUUUCAAAGGAGCGCACGUGCAGGCUGUUACUCCAAAGUGGGCCUUCCUCUGAUUGAAAACAGAAGUAUUGUGGAGCAGCCGCUUGACCUGUGGACACUGACCGAGCAAUACCAAUCUGCUGCAACCAGGAUGAUACGCAAUGCAAGGGAGCGAGGACAGCCGUACCUCCUGUACUUAGCGUUAGCUCACAUGCAUGUUCCCCUGGCCCCUCCACCCCCUCAAGAUGCUACCAUCACAGACGUGUACUCUGCCAGCCUGCGAGAGAUGGACAACCUGGUGGGGGCAGUAAAGAGCGCUGCUGAUGAGACAGACAAUACUCUCAUCUGGUUCACUGGUGACAACGGUCCAUGGGAACUGAAGUGCCAGUAUGCAGGAAGUGUAGGACCAUUCAAGGGGAAGUGGCAGACCAGCAGAGGUGGAGGCUCAGCUAAGCGCACCACCUGGGAGGGAGGCCACAGAGUUCCAACAGUGGCUUAUUGGCCGGGGCGGAUCCCUGCUAACACCACCAGCUCUGCCCUGCUCAGUGGUUUGGACAUCUUCCCAACUCUCCUCUCCCUGGCGAGAGUAACUCCCCCCUCAGACAGACGCGUCGAUGGAAUUGAUGCUUCAAACAUCCUCCUGCACGGUGAAGAGGCGGGUCAUGAGUUUCUCUUCCAUCCAAACAGCGGUGCUGCCGGCAGGUUUGGUGACCUGCAGACAGUUCGAGCAGGGAAACACAAAGCUUUCUACAUCACAGGUGCGGCGGAGGCAUGUGGUGGUGCAUCAGGGAGGCAGCAGCUCCAUGACCCGCCGUUGAUAUUUGAUCUUGAGCAUGACGAGGCCGAGGAAACCCCUCUGCAGGUCCAGACACCGGAGUACCAGGCGGCAGCGCUCCGGAUCGCCCGCAGGAGGGAGGAGUUAUUAUGGGACAUCGCAACAGACGAGUCCGUGUCAACAGCGGAUUACAGCACAGACGAUUCAGCGGCACCCUGCUGUGACCCUGGACACGCUGUCUGCCGCUGCAGCACGCUGGGCUGAAAAAAAAAAAACACACACAUACACGCAAACACAACGAGAGAGAGGAGAGCUCAUCUAAACAAACAGAUGUGUUGACAGAUGUUCCCCUUUGACGUGCUCGACUGGUUGUUUGUUGAGCAUUUUGUUUGGGAAGUUCAAUGUCCAGAUGCAGAAAGAGACAAACAGGAAGAGGUCAAAAAGGUCCAGACAGCCAAGCUUUGAUGAUGUAAUGUCUAUGUUUUAGUGAGGGAAAGAUUGUUACACUUUAAUCAAAGUCAUAGUCAAAUGUAAAUCCAUGAAUAACUAAAGCUUUGGGGGGGAAACUCUCAGAUUGUUUACAUUUAUAAUCUGGUUGGAUAUUAAAUGACACACAACACAACAUUUAAUUAUUACCAUAAAGCAUUUGUUGAAAUAAGCACACAUUGCACAGGUUGAAUAAUGUCUCAGCUUUAAUGAGUCUCUGGUUUAAACAGCUCAAUGCAGCGUCAGGGUGUCCUAUCAGCGCCACCUUUUGGCAAGUCAAAUGGUAUUACCAUGUUACUUUAUUACAACAGUACUAUUUAUAAAUGUUAUAUAUACAUUAUACACACAGUAAAAAUCCUCAAUGCAAA